AUGGGCCUUCCCGCGCCCUCUGCUGCUCUCAUCUUCGUCCUGGUAGCUCUGUUUACCCACCCAAUUCAUGCUGCUGCCGAUUCAAGGAAGCUGGACGAAACCGCAGACGGUACCCCGGGAUCCGAGAAGUGCACGCCGUGCAACCCCAGCCCUCCCCCGCCGUCGCCGUCUCCUCCGCCACCGGCAUGCCCGCCCCCACCUGCUCUGCCUCCUCCCUCGCCGCCGCCUCCCAAAAACCCGCCGUCCACCUACUGCCCUCCGCCGCCGCCGCCGUCUCCGCCCUCUUCCUCAAUUAUCUACAUAACCGGCCCGCCUGGCAACCUGUACCCCGUCGACAACGAUUUCAGCGGAUCCGGCCGCCCCACGGCGUCGGCGAUGAUCGGCUGCGGAUUGGUGGCGGCGGCGGUGGGGGUACUGUUCGGCAUCUAG